CCACCAUCGCACUCCAAUCCAUAUCAAUGUCGAUACAUCACAAUUAGAUACACAGACAGACGUAUCUUUCUACUUAAAAUCGUCACGUUCCUUUCGCCGCUCGUGCAAUUGUUCCCAACAAAACCCUUUGUGGGAGACGACGAAGAACGUGGUACCCCAUGUCCACCGCCGUCGCCAUGAAUACCUCGCACGACGCUACUGGUUCGAGCACCGGCAAGUACUACGCUUCUAAAAUUGCGGAAUUGCGUGAGACGGUACAAGAACGGAGUGCCGACUUGUUGCGUCUCCAAGCGCGUCGUAACGAAAUCAACGCACACGUCCGGAUGCUCCGGGAGGAACUCUACCAUUUGCAGGAGCCGGGAUCGUACGUGGGGGAAGUCGUGAAACCCAUGGGACUCAACAAGAUCCUCGUCAAGAUCAAUCCGGAAGGCAAGUACAUUGUUGAUUUGGACAAGGACAUUGACAUACAAAGCUGUCAGCCCAAUACGCGCGUCGCCUUGCGCAACGACUCCUAUACCCUGCACAAGAUUCUGCCCACCAAGGUGGAUCCCCUCGUCUCGCUGAUGAAAGUGGAAGCCGUGCCGGAUUCGACCUACGAUAUGAUUGGUGGCCUCGAAAAGCAAGUCAUGGAAAUUAAGGAAGUCAUCGAGUUGCCGAUCAAGCAUCCGGAGCUUUUUGAAUCGCUCGGCGUGGCCCAACCGAAAGGCGUCCUGUUGUACGGCCCUCCCGGAACGGGCAAGACGCUGUUGGCCAGAGCCGUCGCGCACCACACCGACUGUACCUUUAUUCGCGUCAGUGGAGCCGAACUCGUGCAAAAGUACAUUGGAGAAGGCUCCCGGAUGGUGCGUGAACUCUUCGUCAUGGCCCGCGAAGCCGCACCCUCCAUCAUUUUUAUGGACGAAAUCGACAGCAUCGGGCAAUCGCGUGGGGGCAGCGGGGGCGGAGAUUCCGAAGUCCAACGAACCAUGCUGGAACUCCUCAACCAGUUGGACGGAUUCGAACCCGCCCAAAACAUCAAAGUCAUUAUGGCCACCAACCGCAUCGAUAUUCUCGACGCCGCACUGCUACGCCCCGGCCGUAUCGACCGCAAAAUAGAAUUCCCCAACCCCAAUACGGAAAAUCGCAUGGCGAUUAUCAAAAUUCACUCGCGUAAAAUGAAUCUCUUGCGGAAUUUGGAUCUGUACAGCAUUGCGGAUAAAAUGGCCAACGCGAGUGGCGCCGAGUGCAAGGCCGUCUGCACCGAAGCCGGGAUGUUUGCCCUCCGUGAACGACGGGUGCACGUGACCCAGGAAGACUUUGAAAUGGCCGUCGCCAAGGUUAUGAAGAAAGACAGUGAUACCAAUAUUUCUCUACAGCGGUUGUGGAAGUAAACCCCGGCCGUCAAUGAGCCAAGGCGGUGGACGGGAACGUCCAUUCGACUGUUUCUACUCUAUAGAAUACGUUCGUGAAGCCUUG